AUGAAGGCUUCUACCAAAGAUAAGCUUCCAGCACCAGUCAGCCAUAUGGUCAGUGCCAUGUCUGGAGAGGUGGCUGCGUGUUUGGUUCGUGUGCCUGCUGAGGUUAUCAAGCAGAGAACGCAGGCCGGUGUAGUUGGUAUUGGUGGUAAGUCUACCUCUUGGGCUAACUUGCAAUACUUGUUGAAGAACAAGUCCGGAGAAGGUGUAAUUAGGGGUUUGUAUCGUGGUUGGAAUACCACCAUCAUGAGAGAAAUUCCUUUCACUGUCAUUCAGUUCCCUCUAUACGAGAAAUUGAAGCUGCUUUGGUCGUCCUACGACAAUGCCGAGUUGUCUCUCCUAAAGGGAGCUAUCUGCGGCUCCAUUGCGGGAGGUGUGGCUGCUGCUAGUACGACACCACUCGAUGUGAUUAAAACUAGAAUUAUGCUACACUCGGAGCGUGUAAAGGUUUCGGUGUUGGUCAAACAGAUGAUUGCCGAGGAGGGAUAUGGAGUGCUUUGGAAGGGCGUUGGUCCUAGAACCAGCUGGGUGAGUGCUGGAGGUGCUAUUUUCCUCGGAUGUUAUGAACUUGUGCAUACGAACUUGCUGUCGGCUCUCAAGGCCAAAGCACUUGAGUAG